AUGGUCGCGUUUCGUCAAUCGGCCAUUGCCACGGCGUUGUUUGCUCUGGGGCUGUCGACAACGGUCGACGUCGCGCAGGCCGAAGAGCUCUGCUCGAUCCCUCCGCAGUCCUUUGCCCAAGCCAAGACCGACUACCCGGACCUCGCUUUCGCCAUCGAUGCCGUCGAGGAGUACUCCAUUGCGGCGUGGUACACAGACCGCCUGUCGCCAGCCGACCGCGCCAGGAUGCGCAAGGACAUGACGACCAAAUGCUCCGAGGACGCGCGCAUGACGUUCGUCGUGUACGGCAUUCCCAACAAAGACUGCAAUGCGGGCUUCUCGUCCAGUGGGUCCGUGAAGAACGCGGCCGACUACGUCAAGUUUUUGUCGGAACUGACGACUGCGGUCGGCGACCGAAAGGUGCUGUAUGUGGUCGAACCUGACUCCGUGGGGCUACUCGCUGAAGACAAUGGAUGCGGUGUGGGCGCUGGUUACCUCGAGAACCUCAAGGUCGCCGUGAAGGCGCUCUCCGCGAACAAGAACGCCGAGCUGUACGUGGACGUUGGCUACUGGACGCUCGAGAAUGACGCGCAGUUGAAGAACGUCGUGGCGGCCAUGAAAGAGCUGGUCGCCGAGGCAAAGCUCAAGGGCAUUGCGAUCAACACGUCCAACUACCGCUCGAAUGGGCAGAUGGAGAAACUGUGCACCAAGUUCCAGACAGCUAUGGGCUCCGCAAAGAUGACGUGCAUUAUCGACACGUCGCGCAACUUCAACGAGCCCAGCACGACGGACUGGUGCAACGUCAAGGAGGGUGGCAUCGGAUACCCGCCGACGUCGGAAACCAACAUCACCAGCAUCGACUACUUCAUGUGGCUCAAGGUUGCGGGCGAGAGCGACGGCACGUGUUUAGGCGGUCCCGACGCCGGCAAGUUCUUUGAGGGGGGCUUCAAGUUCCUGUGGGACCAAGGGUACCUCGUCAAGGAGCUCGGCAUGAACACGAUCGCCGAUGGAGGGACUGUGUCGCAGUCUUCGGAAGCUGGUGAUCCCCCUUCGCCCGAAACGACCGAGGACGGCAGUGUGACCGACGCCCCGGACACGAGUUCCUCCGACAAGGCCGAGGAAGAGGAUCAGACGCAAGACGAAAGCUCGCCCGAAGUAACUACUCCGACAUCCGGCAGCAUCGAGGUCGGGGCCGAGGUCGAGGCUGAAACGGAGACCGAGACCCCGACCGAGACCCCGACUGAGACUGGGGCUGAAACGGAGACCGAGAUCGAGACUGGGAGUUUAUCGUUGGAGACCGUUGAGCAGAGUCCAACUCAAGAGUCUGAAGCCGCCACGACCCCAUCUCUUGAAGAGAGCCCUCUCAAGACCAGCAAGUGCGUGGUAAAAAGCCGAAUGCGCAAGUAG